CAUAGUCUGAUUUGAUUUGAUUUUGUAAAACCACUGCCGGGUUUACAUCUCCACCUGCUCGGUGGAUGUCGCUCUGGAUUGGGAUCGCGACUGCUGGCGGAACGGCGAUUUGUUUCCACCGUUGCCCUUGGACUGGGAGUUUCCGCGGCUAGUGCUGCGGUUUCCGCGGAACGCCUGUCUGCCGCGGUUCCAAUCCCAGGCGCCGUCUUUGUUCCAAUGCCAGUCGCGCCCGCUGUUGUUGUUCCGGCCGAACUGACUGUUGUUAUUGUACCGCCCGAACUGCUUCUGGUUGUUGUUCUGCUGUUGCCGUCCGCGCGGCGAGAAGCCCAGAAACACGCUGCUGGAAGAAUUAGAGGCGUUUUUCCCGGUAACGUCUGCGAUCCUGUCCGCCAGAAUGAUUUUCACUGCGCCCUGUACCUUUUUCAGGGUGAAGUCGCCGGCAAUUUUCACCAGGAUCGCCGUCAGCUGGUGGGGCUCGAGGUCCUGGAGCAAGGCCUUCAACAAGUUCAGGCCGUCCCGCUCGGCAAUCGGGAUGUUCUGGAUUUUCUUGCGCAGCUUCUCGUAUGUGACCAGGUCACUCAGGAGGUGAUCCGGGCGCACGUUGAAGUGGGUGUACUUCAGCCAGUUCGAGAACUUUUCGCUGUUCUUUCCCGGGUAGACCGCUUCCUUCAAAGCAGCCAAGAACUCGUCGACGCUGGAGAUCGGGAUGUCACGGAUUUCCGCAAGCAGAUCCGCUACCUCGAUGUUCUGCUUGAGCUGGUAUAAAAUCGUCUUGGCCGGCAGCUCGUGUGCGAUUUCCGCGUACUCCUUGACGUCGAUUUCGUACGAGUCGAUGUCUACCGCGUGGCAGCGGAUAUCGAACGGUGAAUUCCCGAUGUCCUUGUCGUCCUUCAAGACCGGGACCUUGAGCUUGCUCGGGUCCAGUUGCUUCGCCGGGUAAAAUCCGGUCAGACGAUUCGCCGAUGCUCCGGGGGUGUAGAUGCUGUACCGCUCCGGGACGUUGACGUUGUUAUCGGGUUCAGACGCGGAAUCGUCGGUGUCCUGCUGAUUCGUUUUCGCAGGUUUUAAUUUCCAGUGGUCCAGGUUGGCGCCGGCGCUGUUCUCGAGCAGGUCAAAAGCCUGCUGCUUCAGCUCCUUCAAAUUCUCCUUGCUCAGCUCGCUCGGGUCUACGCUUCCCUCGGUAGCCCGGAUGUUGUUCGCCACCCUGGCGACAAGUUUCAGAAAGAAAUAUUCUUCGUUGACCUUCAAGAACUGGCUCUUGUUCUGGUCGUUCACCGCACUGGUGCCGGCCUUGCGGGUGAAAAUUUGCCACACCUGGUCCUUUGAUCCGGCCAGGUAGAUGUAUUUCGCCGCGUUAAUUGUGGCGAGGCCACCAAUCUUGUUUUGCGGUGCGCGAG